CUUUGAUUUUAGUAAGUAGGCCUCUUAACAAAUGCAACCCCUUUAGCCCCAAAAAUGCAAUAUAAGGUAAUAAUACCUAAUUGAUUUAAUCAAGCAGCUAAUACAACCUGACAUGGGUUAAACUGCUAUGCAAUUGGAGUCUUCUUUUUCAGCACGGUCCCACAGAACAAACAUGCACGGUUUUAUACUUAAUACUGGUGCAGUUAAAAUCUUCUGCCGUUUAUCGUGGUUCGUUCAGAAAUCAGCCUUGGUUGAUAGUCCAGUUUGUGUAUAUUUCCUAAAAGCAUCUCCCCAGUGAGUCGGUAUCGACGCAUAGAGCAGCUGAGUUUACGGUUGCAGCCUCUGAGGUACAAAAAAACGGGGCAAUAAUCCAAUAGAAACAUGAAUAAUAUUACAACUAUAGCAUUGACAAGCAGUUCAUAUGGUGCGCCUGUUGCAGUAAUAUUGGAUCCUGGGGUAUCUAACUUGUGCUCAGUUUAUGGUACUGGCAUUAGUGUCCUGUGAAAUCCAGAGGCGCCUUCCUCAAAACCGGAACAGGUGGCAAGCCUAGCUGAGUACAAUUACGGGAUGAAUCAAUGAGGUCAAGCCCUGUGUCUCCAGUAGUAUGGCUGGAUGGAUCCGGCGUCUUCUAGAAAGACGCAAGAGAGACUCUUUUUCCAAGACAACCAAUCCGAGCUCUUCCCAGGGGACAGCCUCCUCCCACUCCGCCUCCUCUUCCUCCAGCCGCUCCCGGUGCCCGGACCUCAGCAGCGGUGCCCGCUGGAGCCGGCUGUACGACCUGUGUGUGUGCCACAGCGAGGAGGACAUCUCCGAGGCCCAGCUCCUCGUCUCUUACCUGGAGAGCCAACCCGAGGGCUUGCGCUGCUUUCUGAUGCUCCGCGACUCCACCCCGGGGGGUUCCAUUCCCUCAGAGCUGUGCCAGGCUGUGCAGAGCAGCCACUGCUGGGCUUUGCUCAUCACCCGCAGCUUCCUGUUGGACCCCUGGUGUAAGUACCAGAUGCACCAGGCUCUGGUUGAGGCGCCCAUGGCAAAUGGAAGGACCAUCCCUGUGCUUCACCGGCUGCAGCGCAGCGAGUACCCCAAGGAGCUGCGCUUCUACUACUACAUCGACAUCACUGCAGACCAGCAGCGAGGCUUCCAGCAGGUCCACAGGACUGUGCUGCACUACCUAGAGGAGCUGUGCCAAGUGGACAGCAGCAAGCUCAGUAGUCCGAGCAGCGUGGACACUGAGACGGGGGUCAGCGAGGAGGGACACAGGACUACACACUCUGAACUGUCCAGCACUGACUCGGGAUAGGCCAUCUGUGAUGUCACAGUGUCAGAAUCCCUCUCGAACCUGUGAUCCUCCGUGGACGAGUCCGACCUUAGCGCCAGGACGGACAGGCAUGAGCUCGGCAAGGGGAUUCAGUGAUGAACACAGAGCUGGAAGACGUGCUAGAGAAGGCAGCCUGGAUUUAGCUUUUAUUGAAGCUCCUCUAGAGAAAAAUGCUGUGGCUUUCCCCAGGGUUUUGAUGUUUUUAGUAAGGUUGGGAAGUUGUUGCAGGAAUUUAAGCUUAAAAAUUAAAAUUAGAAUUGCAUUUGGGAUUGUAAUGGGACUGUUGUUCUUGUUUUUCAAUUCCAAUUAAAUGUCCAAUUCCUUUUUAAAAUCCAUUUCCCAUUCUCUUUUAAUCAAUUCCAACACAUCAUUGAUCACAGUCGCAAUGAGCAGAAUUCUGUUCAAACAAGCUUCUCACAGUGGCAAGUUAAAUUGAAGUCGCUACUAGUCCAUUAAAUGGACUUCAAGUGAAAGCAGGUGAACAAUCACUACAGUUACUAUGUCUCAGAAAUAUACAUUUCAAUUCAUUCGAAAGAAUAGUAAUUGGAAUUGGGAAUUGAUUUAAAAAAGGAAUUGGAAUUUAAAAACAGGAACUGACUUUGACGGGUGUUUUGGUAGCUCGGUUUACACACUCUAAGCUUGGGAAUUGCCCUAAACAUCAGCGCUGCUAAUGCAAAGCCUGUGACGAAUGUUCUAUCCCUGUUCUGCAGAAACCAGGAAUACAAAAGUAAUUUCAAUUUCUAAAUCUAGCAGACAGAAAUCCCAGUGUUACCAGCGGAGGAAGGACUCCAAUAGCUCAAGAUUACCAUUAUAAAAGUUUACCACAGUAAAAGCAUAGCAAAGAGUAAUAAAGCACAGUGAAAAAAAAAACAUGGUAAAACAGAGGUAAGAACUGUAAAGACUAGAGAGGUAUGGUAAGCAUAGUAUUAACAUGGCAAUCUAGUGUAAACUAUGGGAAAUGGAUAGUGUAAGCAUAGCAAAACGUUUGGGCCAUAGCUCUGUUUGAAUUGUUUUGAGUUUGAGUUUAAAUCCAUUUCUUGUUUUUCAUCUGCUGGUUUUGUUUGCCUGUUGUCAACCUUGUAUUUAAAGUUCUCAUUUGUUUAUAUUGAAUUUCAAACAAAAAAAAAUGUGCUAAAAUUCUAAACUCACAUGCAUACAUUAUUUUGGUUAAACUGUUAAAUAACAGUUGUAUUUGUUUUGACGUUCAUUAACAUUUAAUAAAAAGCUUUGCAAAUUGAA